AUGGACGACUGUCUCCAGCAACUACUCAAUAACACCACUGCAUUCCUCGAAACCGAGUGCCCAAAACUUUUCGUCAGCAAGGCGAUCGGCUACGCCGUGAUCGCUGGCAGCGCGCUCGUCAAGCUGCCCCAGAUCCUCAAGAUCCACCGGGCUGGCAGCGUCGCGGGCAUCUCGCACGCUUCCGUCCUGUUUGAGUUUGUGGCGACGCUGGUCAACGUGAGCUACUUUCUGCCGCUCGGCUACCCGUUCUCCACCUGGGGCGAGAACGCCUUCCUCCUCGCCCAG